GAGUAAACUUAUACAAUUUUAAAAUCCAACGGUGUUAGAGAAAAUUGAAAUAUCCAAUUUCGCUAUGUGCAUAUGAAACACAUUUCGCAACUACCGCAUAAAUCAUACUUAACAAUAGCCUACAUUUGCAUUUGAAUAUUACGCCAGAAUUUUUCUUGUAAAAACACGCAAAAUGCCAAAGCAGUAUCAUUAAAUUCAACAAAUAUAUUUUACCAUAGUCGUACAUUUAUUUCAUGUCUAAAUGCAAAUAAACUAAUCUCAGCACAAGUGCAAAGUAAACCAAACGGCAAUUAAAAUGACAAACAAACAGAACAAAAGAGAAAAACAAAAAUGUAAAAAGAAUAAUAUGAAAGGUCCAUUAAAAUAUCAAAAUUGAUGAAAAAGCUAAAAUAUUUACAUUCGACUGAAGUGUUUACCUUUAGUUUAUGUGAGUGCUUUACAACUGAGAAAAAUAAAAUAAACUAUAAAAGCAAGUGCAAGCAAAUAGCAAUGAUGCAAAACAAAAAGGCCAAGAAAAUUAAAAAAAUAUUAAUAUGCAAACAUAUAAAUCAAAGCACAUCAAACAAUGCAGAAAUCAGUGCAAACAAACAGCAAAUCGAUAUAUGCAGCAAAAUAAUUUUUGCAUAGAAAUCAACUACUCUUCGCUGCGUGUGAAAGGAAAUUUAUUGAACAUAAAAAAGCCUACAAAAAAUCAGUAGUGAUUUAGAAUGAAAAAGUGGCUACGCAUUAAUAAAAGAAAAGUACCACAAAUCAAAUGAAAUCAACUAAUUCAAAAAUAUAAAAUUGUACAUAAUCACAAUCAAGAGUGAUUGGCAAUUAUUAAACAAAAAUAAUGUGAAAUAUGAAUGUGAAAGUAAGUCUGAAUUGUGAGUGAAAAAUUUCGAAAUUUACCGAAACAAAAUACACAUAGUGGCGUGUAUUCAUUUAAAGAAUAAAUAUAUAUAAAAAAAACAUAUCUACUACACAGCAUUGUACGUACGCCAUGGCGUAUGAGUAAUUUAAUAUUUCAAAUUCAGCGAAAAAGCGGCGUAACGGACACGCGAGCAUAUGAAAAAUGUAACUCAUUGCUGUCGCAAAUUUAUAUUUUAUUUGCAAAUUUAAGUGAUGCGCAUUUCUGUGACCAUACAGUUAGUUUGACAAUCAGGCAGACAGGCAGUUGUACAACUUGUCGGAGGCUGUGACUAGCGCAUUGUAAUUGGCGCACGAGUUGAAAAUGUAAAUGCGAAAAAGUUGUUUGCUAAACACUCCAGCAAUGGACGCUAAAUUGGAUUCCCGUCAAGGACAAUUUCCGGCUUCCUUUCCGGACACAUUCAAGGAUUUCUUUGCCGUUAUGAGCGAAGACGAAGAUCAUCUCGAUUUGUUCUCUAAUUUGUUAGAAGAUAAGGUGAUACCGCAUCACAACAAUGCCAGCCACAGCACAGCGGGCAAUAGCAACAGCAACCGAUUCAUGCAACGUCGACACGGCGGCAGCCUCCGCUGUCCCACACACCCACAAAGUGCCAGCGGCGAGGGCGCUCACCACUCAGUCGGCCGCUCCAGCUCAUUUCGCGUACAUCGACCGCGCAACCCGGCGGCCACAUAUGGUGGUGGUGUUGGCGGCGGCAUAAGUAGUAGUAGCAGCAUUAUCACAUUGAAUAGCAUCGGACAGAGUGGCGGUCAUAGCAUUGGCAGUGGACACAGCACUGGCAGUGGCAGCAGUGGUGGCGGCAGCAGCGGCAGCGGCAAUGGCAAUGGCAACCUAUUUUGCAAGCACAUCAAAUACUGCUGUCUACAUCAGCAACAUUCACAAUUGCCCACCAUAGCGGGAACUACACCGCCUCAACAUCACCAUCAUCCCCUCCAGCAGCAGCAACAGCAGGCACAGCCACAACAACAGCAGCCAACACAACCGAAAUCACCGCAUAAACACCGUUUGGCACAACAAUCAGCGCAAAUGCAAACAAAAUCCGCAGUGACUGUGCCGACGGCUGCUGCAGCAGCUGGUCACUACCUACAACAACACGUACAUCAGUAUCAGCCUACAGGCGCGGCGUAUGCGUCGGAUUAUAGCAAUGAGAUUAGUGGCAGUGUGCGCAUGGGACCCGACGGCGAGGACAACAGUGGUGGCGAUGGCAGCAAGGAUCGUCAACAGCAUUUGUAUGGUGGGCAACAUAUGCAUCAGCAACAGCAGCAUCACCAUCAGCAACAACAACAGCGUGCGGCGGCGUUGCAAAAACGGCAUUCGGUGAUAUUGGAAAGAGCAUUCGAUUUUGAUGCCAGCUGUGAGGAAAGUGAUACAAUAAGCACCACCUCCUCUACACCCACACCGGCUGAAUUGCCUUCGUUGCCACCACCGCCAAGCACCACGACCACUGUACUGAAGCCAAUCCUAAAGAAACCGACAACAGCUGUGCCACAAUAUCAGCAAAUGCACGCACAACAACAGCAGCAACAACAACAACAUCUGCAGCAGCAUCCAAGCCAGCAUCAACAGCAAAUGCAACUAAAUGCAUUAAAGUCCACAGGGCCAGCAACAGCAAAUGCCGCCACCGCCCAAACAAACGUCUGUUGCAAAGACCAAAUGCUGCCACACCGCGCGCUCCCCCAGCCACCGAAAGGACGAGGCUUCGGCGCCUACCACACCAAAGAGGCCGUACUGCACCGUGUGCAACAACAGAGCGGCCUACUUUCCGGCAGUCGCACAAAUCUCAACACGCUAAGUGGCAUGUUAGGAUCAGCGAUAAAUCUCGCCGGCAUUGGAGGCGGCCUCUGUGCGAACGCUAACUCGGGCAUUGGCAAUAAUGCAGCGGCGGCUGGUGCGCCCAUCGAGAUGUCGUGCGGAGGUGUUGUGGGCGAUUGUGUUGGCAACAGUAUGGGCGGUGAGUUGCGCUACAGCAACAGUAAUUACAACUUUGAUGCGACGACAGUUAAACCAGCAGGCCCGGCUGACGUGGACGCUGAGCUUAAAAUGGCGCUUGCGGGUACACCACCUUGUUGUGUGGCCAAUCCGACUGCGCCACCCACCACCAUGGCCAGCACUAACACAGGCAACACUGCCGCUAAUGUAACCAAUAACUUGUUGUACAUGGACCUGCAUACGGCACACCCGAAAACUUCGACGUCAGUAAAUAAAUUCAGCGAUCUAUUAAAUGCUACUAGCGCAAGUUUUGUCAACGCCGUCGCAGCGCCGGCUAUUAGCGCGAACGCUAACAACAGCAACAGCAAUCAUAAUGGUGCCAUAGCUGCUGCGGUCACAUUGGGCAACACUGGUCGCAAUAGUGCCAGCACCAAGCGUGUGCAAAAAUCACCAUUACUCACCAGACGUCGUUCCUCAUCCAUCGUUACAAAUCUAUUGGCUUCCGAUGUUAGUUAUAAUCGCGGUGAGGGUACAACUCUAGCAGAUAUUACAAAUUUGAGAAAUCAUCAUGCAACAACAACAGAUGGCAGCACAAUAAAUUUAGCGCACAGUGCAACACGCGACCGCAUCACUUUGGCAAAAUCACCAGUGAGCGGCAAACCAGCACGCCUGCCCUCACUGCACUCCAUGGGCAUCGACAGUGGCGGAAGUGGUAGCGGCAGCGGCAGUGGUAGCAGUGCCGGUGUGCUCACCUUUCAACAAGCCAUGUCUGGUGCGGUCUCCCCACAGUACUCUUCGGCCACACCGCUACUGUUUGGUGGCGGCGGCGGCGUUGCAGGUAUGGGUGGCAGUAUAGCCACAAAUAUGGAUUUGCUAUGUGGCUCAUCGUCGGCCCUCGCUUCGGUGUUGGAAGACACUGCAACAAGUGCUGGUGAAAUGGUCAGUGACAUACUGCGGACUGGUGAUUCGCCAACCAUGAACCAUCAGCAUAACAACGGCGGUAACGGUAACGGCAACGGCAACGGCAACAAUAACAAGAAUAACGGCUUGAAUGAUAGCCACUAUGAGCUAGAUGUAAUCGAAAGCGGCAUUGGAAGCGUGGGCGCAGUCGUCAAUGUGGGCACAAGCGGUGUGCAUCGUGCCGCCUCCAAUAUAUUACACAGCAGUUCAGCGACCAUUGCACAGCUGCAGGGCAGUCGACAGCGUCAACGGAUGCGCACCUCGAGUAUGCCAGCUGAAAGUAGAAAGCCACGUCUCGCCGAUACGCGACGUGCAGCAAUACAUUGUGCCGACCUCGAUUUGGAAUAUUAUCGCCUGCGGAGUUUCAGCAUCACGUCGCAUGGUGUAUGCAAUUUGGGUGAUUCCCUGCGCCGCCGAUCACGUUCAAUAAACUCGGUUACGUCGACGGGCACUUCCAACAGCGGCAAGGAGCACCGGAACAACAGCAAUGCAUCACAUAUAUCCGGUGACAAUAUUUUCGAGUCUACGGAGAAACAGGAUGUAGGCAAAGUGCCGAUACCCGCCUAUAAAAUAGCAAUGCUUGGCGCUUCGGGUGUUGGCAAAACAACAUUAACCUAUCAAUUCACAACAUCCGAUUAUAUUUGUGCCUACGACUUGAGUUUGGACGACGAUUACGGUCAAAAGACAGUGUCUGUGCUUGUUGAUGGCAUCGAAACGGACUUGGAAAUUAUCGAUCAUCCUGCCUGUGAAAUGUCGACGGAAGCUUUUUGUUCGACUUACAACAUCGAUUUAUUUGUUGUUGUAUACUCGGUCGUAGAUCGCAAUUCCUUCAAGGCAGCCGAGAAGGUUUUACAAUAUUUGAAAGAACACGAAAUGUUGCUGACACGUGGCGCUAUUUUAGUUGGCAAUAAAACGGAUUUAGAGCGACAUCGUGAGGUUAAUCGGCAAGCUGGUCGAAAAUUGGCUAAAGAGAUUUGCUGUAAAUUUAUUGAAACCUCAUCUGGACUCGAUCACAACGUUAACGAGCUUCUCGUCGGCAUUGUCGCGCAGUCCAAACUGAAUCCACAGCGUAUACGUAACCUCAACGAGCGCGAUCGUCAACGUCUCAGUUUGCAGAGUGCAAUACAAAAGCACCGGCACAUGCACAUAGCGCCACGACGUAUGGUUCGACAGGUAUCCAUGUAUCAUGCCGACGAUGAUGAAGAUGAUGAUGCAGUCGACAAUGAGAACAACGCGGGAAACCGAGCUGGUGUUAGUGCCAACACCGCCGACAACAUUGAUGAAAACCAGCCGGUCGUUGAUGAAGGCAUCGGUACUGGCAGCGAACGCACCGUCAGCACGAGCCUCUCUUCAACGGGAAUGGGUAUCAAACUGGCAACCACGAAGAACCAUGUACAGCGCACAAACAAGCGUACGCUCAAUCUGGAAAGUAUUCUCAAGAUGGGUGAGAGUGAGUUAGAAGAUGAAGAUGAAGCGAUACAACGUCAACCGACACUUGUAAAACAACAGCAACAAACGCGUCCACUAAGUAAAUUCGAUUUGCUGCUAGCUGGAGGCAAGAAUAGUUUAAACGCAUCGCCAAAAAAUCGUCGAUUUUACGGUAGUGGCGCGGUGAGUGGUGCCAUCGGCGCAUUUACGGGGGGCAGACGAUGUGUCAGCGAUGGUUCAACAAGUGACAACUACACGGAGAGCAAUGAUCAGCUAUUGGACGAAGGUAAUCGGAAGACCGUGUCCAAAUUAACGAAUCGUACGAAAGUCUUCCUCUCUUCGGUGCUGAAGUUCAAGAAGGCGGUAAAUAUGCGUCGAAGAAACUCUUCGAGUUGUAGUGAUCUAUUCGUUAUAUAAGAGUAAAAGAAAUAAGGUAGGACAGAGAAUGAUUGUUGAAAAAGUAGUGCUUCAAUGAUAUUUAGUAACCGGAUAUAUUUUUUAUAUAUCUUAAGGCAUUAUGUCAUUUUUUAUUUAGCCAAGUCACGAAGAUUAUCCAUCAAAAAAUCAAUACCCAAAUAAAAAAUUACAAUUGAGGCACCCAAAGUAAUAUUGCUUCGCAAUUAGUUUGUUAAUCUAUGUGAUUGCUUAACUUCUGUUCUUUUAAAAGGAUCGCAAGCUAGGCUUAAAAAUGAAGUAGGUAAAAAGAUCUGAAACCGUACCUUCACAUAUAAAUCACGUCUUCAUAAUAAUAAUUUCAAAUGACUUUUAGAUUAUAUAUGUAGGUGUAAUAUGUGCUCAAAACGUAUAAUCUUCAACUUUUUCACUGAAGAAUUCUCAGCUAUAUGCAUUAACGCAACCAAAAACGUUAACCUUUGUAAGGGACAUACCUAGUGUGACAUCAUAAAAAAGGCGAUUUUUAGGUUGUAAUAUGUAUACAUAUUUUAAGAAUAAACAGUAAAAAAGAAGAAGGUUUAAUAUUAUUGGAACUACACACGAUCUCGGACGGCGCAAAUACAGGGUCCACAGUGCCGUAAAUCCGGCCUUCUCCGUGGAUGAAACCUAAAACGAUUUUUUUUUUCUAGAAAAUAUUAUCCGUACAAUAACCUACUGUCGAAAAAAAUCAAAAAUUUACAAAAUUAGCGAAAGUGGAUCUGACAAAAAAAACAAAACGAAAAUUAUACUCAAGUCAAAAAUGUCUGGUGGCAAAAUGACGGUAUAGAAGUUGGAUUUUUUAUUAUACAAAAUAUGGAAAAGAACAUUUAUAGUGUAUAUGUAUAUGUAGUAUCCGAUGAUUUUUUUCCGAGUAAAGACUAUCAGAUAAACUGAUAGGGGUCAUUGAACUAAGCGGAUACACUUUAGAGGGCUGUAACUAAAAAGAUUAGGUUUUACUGGCUGUCUGUCACGCCAUCCUUACGUACCAGUCGUUAAUAAGAUGUAGAUGUGCUCCUUAUGGCGAUAUACCUUCUGAAUUUCAUGAAGAGUGUAUAAGUAAUAUCGCAAUUCUAGACGUCACAUAUAUGUAUUCAUUCAAUGUUACACUUAUCUGCCCUUCCAUCGACCAUCUCCCAAAACAACUUUAGACUUACUUAUAAACUUCCCAAGCCACUUUGUAAAAUAGAAAACAAGUUACCGGUUGGUAUGUGAUUCACCUCAAGAGCUUUGACUGUUAUCACCCGGCGAAAUGAAAACUUCUGGAUACUGACCAGAACUAACGAACAGUAUAGAGACAGUGAACUGAUUUAGGAAAUUCUCAUAACCUAGAAGUAGUAAAACCUGGUUAUGGUCAACAAAAAAAGAAAUAGGUGACAGCUGAGGGCAGUUACACUACUACAGAUAUAGGAGAUUAUAAAGAACUUUCCAAAAAAAUAGAUUUUCUAAAUUAUAACAGAUUGUGAGCCACACAAAGGCAAAGAAAGAAAAAACGAGCCAGAUCAUUGGUACAAGAAAAUGAAAAUUAAAAAUCCUGGAUAUAUAAAUUUCUGAGUACAUUAUUUAGAAGCCAGCCAAUAGUUCUACGAAAGUGAAUCUUGAAAAAAAAAACAAGAAUUAUACUCAAGCAAAAAAUAUCUCUUGUCUAUAAAUUUUUGAAUUGCGAAUAAACUAACCUGAAAGUAAAAUGUAAAGCAACGAAUUGUAAUGUUUAGUAUACUAGUAAUGGUAAUGAAAAGAAAAUUUUUAGGAAUUUGAAACAGGGAUUGCAUAUCAAACACACAUAUUUUAUCAGUAACUACAAGUUUAAAGAUAUACAAUUUUAUAAUCAUUAUGACUGAAGCAUUGAAGGCAGCGAAUAAGACAGGAAAAUAAUAAUCAGUACAUAUAUUUUAUUUUAAAAUACAAUAUUUAUAAAGAUCGCAUUUGAACCAGUAUCACAACUAUAAUAGAAACACUGACUAGAUACCUUGACUACCACAAUAUAAUAUUAAAAAAGUUAUUUAUCAAGUACCAAUAAAGCGAUAAAUAUCUACAGAAAAUACUAGUUUACGACGAACUCACUAUGAGAAAGCGAUUUGGGAAAUCUACAGAUUAAAUUAACUAUACUUAUGAAAGCAAAUUGAUAAUCUAAGCACACAUAUACAUAUAACUAAAAUAGAUAUUUGGCAUUCAAUUUAACAAAAAAUAUGUCAUAGUCAGCAGUAUACGAACACGAAGAUUUUUUGAAAUGCAAAUUUUGACGAAAUGAAAAUCGAAUAGAACAAGCAGACAGUUAGAAUGGGUUAUGAUACAAAUUUAAAAAUAACUACAUUUUAUAGCAAACAAAUAACGGUAAUUAGCUAACCAGUAAGCAUAAUAAGCGGAUAUACAAAAUUUAAAAUGAAACCCAAUAAUUUCAUACUGUUUGUAUAUACAAUUUGUACAUUUCAUACUUUCCUAAAACUUAAUACUUUUUCCUCAAAAAAAAACCAAAAAUAAAUAUAAAUUGUAUAUAGGUAUAUAUUAUAUAUAUGUAUUAGGAUGGAGCGAAAAAACAAUUUUUUUUUUGCUUAGCCUGAGAGUAAAGACUGUAGAUUAUAAAAGAAGAAAACUUUUUCACAAAAACCAAUUUUUUUAACAUCUAGAGGCGGCCAACUCAGAUUUAAAGUAAAUUUCAAGUUCAAAUUUUUUUUGGACAAGAAUAAACUAUUUUUGGUUUAAACUCUUUACAUUUAUAUAGAAAUUACCUAAUGUGACGGUUUUUGACUCAAAAUUUAUUUUAACGUUUAAGGAAAGCAUGUUGUCAUUUAAGAAUUUUUUUCAAAACUCCAAUAAUCACCACAAAUUUUUUUUUUAAGUUGAUAAUUUUAAGUCGGCCAGAAAGAGGACUCUACACAGCUUCUGGAACACUUAUCAAAAAAUUUUUAGGAAAUAAAAAUUUUAAUUCGAAAAUUUACUUUAAAACUGAGCCGCCUCAAGAUGUUAAAAAAAAAUUUUUUUUUGUCCAAGAGUUUCCAUUUUUGAUAAUCUACAGACUUUACCCUAAGCUAAGCAGAAACAAAAAAAAAAUUUCCGCUCCACCCUAAUCUAUAUAUAUGAAAAUACAGAAGUAAGCAUAUGUUAUAACAAAUAAUCACAAAUUAACAACAAAUAAAUCACAGGAGACUGACAAUGUAUCAAAAGUUAUGAAUAAUAGUACAUAAUAAGCUGCGUUUAUAAAAGGCAUUAAGCUAAAAGUAUUUUUAAAUUAUUUCAAUAUUAAUAAUGCAAAUUAAAUCAAAUGAUGAAUCAAAUUAUAUUUUAUAAUAAGAAAUUGUAAUGUGCACAUGUACUAGUAUACAGUUUACAAAAACGAGUUUGAUUAAUUUUCCAAUUGUAAUUUAUAACUGUAUAACAUUUACAUAGAAGAAUUUAUAUCUGUUAUUCUAUAUUUUGUUUUCAAAAUUUUUUUAACACAGCAUACUUAAUGAAAUAAUAUGGGGUUAUAUCCAAUUCGAAGUCAGAAAUAAUGUGUUGUUGUGAACUUUUUCCAAAGAGACUUAUUUAAUAAAUAUAUCAAAAAAAAGUACAUUAUCAGAAUUUAAUGUACUUCACUAAUCGACGCUUCAUUUUGAAAAAUUUUGAACUACUUUUUUGCCGUGGCCGAUCCCAGCAGUGAGGAAAGUUUUUCUGCUUAAAAUUUUCUGUAAACAAAAAAUCAAACAAAUUAUUAUUAUUACAGAUGAAAAUGAUGAAAGGACUAGCCAACAUUUAGAUGUUUGACAAAAUAGCAGCUACCCAAAAGAAGUCGUUUUUUAUGUAAAAUUUACACUUCAGUGUAGCUAAAAAACGUGACAAGUAUCUGAGGUGUGGCAAUUUCAAGCUGAUUGGUCCACCGGUUUCAGAGAAAGUUUUCUCAUCGACUCUGAAGACAGAGUUUCGAGAAAAACGCGCUUAAAGCUGAUUACCAAUGUCCGAAGACGCUCUUACAAAUACAUUAAUAUCUCCGAAAAUACUUGCCACAUCAACUUCAAAUUUUCGGAAAAUAUUCUAAAAUAUGUUUAUAAUAACUUUACCCCUUUAUCGCUUGCAUUAAAUUCGUUGAAUAAAUGUCAAAGAUCAUUACAUUUUAAUAGAAAUUAGUAUUUGAAAAUUACUGCAUUUAUGUAAUGAAACUCAACAGAUUCUAGAAUAUUUUUUUAUACUAUUUUGUAAGAUUUCCGUUCAGCAAAAAGGCUAGAUAUAGUUGACCGCGAGAGAAGCAUGGCUUUUCUAAAUGCGAACUUCUGGACAGUUUUGACUUAUGAUUUCGUGGCAUUUUUGUUUUGAUAUACAUACAUUCAUACAUAUUUAUGUACAUACAUAUUUAAAAAGUUUUAACACACAGCAAAUAUAUUAUUCCAUCUUUUAAAAUUUUAUAUUUUAAAUUAGUUUACAAUCAAAUCUGCCAAAAGAUUUUAUAUAUAAUAUUAUAUUUAUAUAUAGAUAUAUAAUAGUUACGUCUAUUUAUAUAAUAUAUAUAAAUGUGUAUAUAAUAUAUCUAUAUAAAUAUAUACAUAUAUACAUACAUCAAUAUUUUUACACUAUUAGCCCAUUAGGGCUUACAAAGUUCCAUGACGAUCGGUUAUGUGGUGUCUGCUUGAAGGCGUAACAAACAAACUUUCAUUCACAUUUAUAAUAUUAGUAUAUAAUAUUAUUUAGUAUGGAUAAAAACAUUUUAAUGAAAUUCAAAAUUUUUUUGAUAUUCACAAGUGGAUAUAACCGUACAAGUCAUUCUUUGCUGGAUAUCUUUUCAAGUCAUUUUUUCAAAACAUUUCCGUAAGUAUUGCAACCUAUAACAAGCUUGUAGCGAUUAGAGCUGCGCUCGACCUGAAUUCGAAAUUAUAUUUUACCACGCCAAGUUAGGACACACUCCAAAUGUAUUUUUAUCAUAAAAAAAAGUGCUGAUAAAAUCGUUUAGAACUUGAGAAGCUUCCAUAAUUCGAAUUACAAGCUUUUAUUGCUUUCGUAGUAUCCUGACUUUGAAGCGGGUACGUAGUUACUCAGUUCUCUCUUCUUAGGAAAAAAACUCUUGACCAACUAAUACUUUAGAAAACAUAGCAAUACAUACCAUUAUUCGCCUAACUCAAUCAAUAGUAAUAUAUCAUACUUCGUCUCAGAUGAAUUUGAAGACGUAUUGCAGAUAAAUCGUUUUUUAUUUGAUCUUUAUAUUUUUCUUUUCACGAGUCGUCUGAUUGACAGUAGUCAUAUACGAGAGUGUGGUACACAGUAGUAAGUUCCUCUUGCGAUAGUGGCGUAUACGAACGGUGAGACUAAAUGCCGAUCGUGAUUCAAAUAAAUAAGGUUGUGUCGAUUUCCCAAAAAGAACAAUUUGUCAAAAGUUUUGUUUUCAAAUUAUGUAUUAUUGUUUAAUUCUAAAAAAUGUUUUGCACUUGAAACAGAGUGUUUUCGCAACAUCUGGUAUAUUAACUUGGGAAAGCUUAUUUCAAAUGGAAAUUCUUUACUCGGGCUAUCUUAUUUUCAUUUUUUGAAAAGAGUAUACUUUCUGUAUAACAUUUAGAAAAUUUAUACUUAAAUUUCUUAAUCUUUUGGAUGCAGAAACCUUCCACGUAAAUGUACAAUCAUUUUUCAACGCGUACUCCUGCAAAACAACAAUGCCAUCCACGUCUGCAUCUUGCAUUUCGUUUGCAAUGGCACAUUCUUCUUCACAAUACUCGUGAGUUCCAUAUAAAGCUGUAAAAUCCUCUCUAGACUUAAGUGUCAGUUCCAUGUAAAAUAAAAAUAACUAGAACAUGCUGCCACGCGUUACUCCGCCUAUGGUAUACAUUAAAUAUUAUCAUAAUAAAUUAUUCAAUACAGUAAAAAUAUUAUUUACAAAUAAAAACGAAAACUUUAUCGCGCGUAUAAGAAUUCAAUGGAUUGUACAUGGGGUUUAAUUUUAAAAAGCAGUUAUACAAAUGUUUUUCCUUGAAAAAAAUUUUAGUUUUUUUUUGGCAUUUUACUCUAAAUUAUAAUUAUUACUAGCUUUAUCCGCGGCUUUGCUCGCAUUGAAUAUCUAAAAUAAUUAUCAAAAAUAAUUACAUUUUCAUAGAAAUGAAUCAACACGUUGAGUGUAUUUAUGCUUGGCUGAGAGCAUCAGUAUCAUUAUAUACAGACCAAUUCUUACGCAUGAAACUUCGACGGCGCGUGGCCGUGAUUCUUGUCGCCUGCGAUUGUUGUUGCGUUUCAUCGCUCAUCAUGUUUAAUUUUGCUCAGCCUGUCUUUUUAAAAAACUGAAAACUGAUUUAAAUCUGAAGAGGCGUUUCCGCUGCUGUUGUUUUCUCAGCUCUGCGUGAUUUGAAUCUUCUUGAUUUCGUUCAGUGCUAGAUUUUAAAAUUCUUCGACAAACAAGCACAUCUGGCUAAAUAAAUUUUUCAUUAUUCUUUUUUUAUUAAUAAGUAACCUAUGUCUUUCUACUACCUUUAGGAAUACAGAUGUGAACAAAGUAUCAUAAUAAUCAGUUAAGUGGUUUUGGCGUGAAAGCGAACGAACUUACAUUCACAUUUAUAAUUUAGUAUGAAUUAUGUACGAUCUUGCUUGUUUCGUAUCCAUGAUUCAAUUAUAUAAGGUUAUGUCAAUAGCCCAAAAACAUCAAUUUGUCAAAAGUCUUUGAAUCCAUAAUGUCAAAAUCAGCCGUUUUGCUUUGUAUUGUUGUCUAUUUAUGAUUUAAAAAUAAAUUUUUAAAAGAUUUCAACCAAUGAAAAUACGAAAACGAAUAUGUUGUAAAUCACACAAAAUCAUCAAAAUAUAAACAAUAAUAUCAUGAGAAAAGCAAAAACCAGUUUAUUUUGGCAUUGUGGAUUUUUUUUUUUUUUUUUGUAAGACGAAGCACGCUCCGUAGCGACACAACCUUAUAUGUAUAUGUAAUCGAAUCAUGCAUCGUAUCGCUCACAAGCUCAACUCUGUACUUUCGCAGUAAAUAUGCAAAAAGUUUAACUAUUAACCCUUAUGAAAUGAUAAUUAAUUUAAACUUACCAACAUUCUGCUGGAGAUGGUCGUAUAUGACUUUAGAUGCAAUUAACAAAUCAGAUUUUGAAAUAUGUGAGAUUCAAUCUACAUAUGGUUACACGCUUGAAGAUCAGCAUUAUGCCAGCAUAUUUCAUUUGAUAUAUCGCCCCAUGCCCAGUUGAUAGCUUUAUCAAUAAUAUUUUUUAUAAUUGUUAUUAACCAUUGUUCUUACUUGUCCCUCUGUCAUUCCAUAAAAACUUACUCUACUAUUAUUUGUCUGCAAGUUUCACACUUAAGCUGAGUCACGAUAUUAAUCGUAGGCACUAGGAAAUCGCUGGGUGGAAAUAUUUUUGGAACAUACGAAGUUGCAUUUCUAAUUUAAAAUUGUUGUUGCUUUACUCCACAGAGUUUCGCGUUGCACAUCCUUCACUUGGAAAAAUGUUUUGCCCUUUUUGCGUAGUAUACCACAAGUAUCGCAAUUGGAUAUUUUUCAGCUUUAAAUUUAUUUUUAAUUUAAUUAAUUAUUUACUCGUUUAAAUACGCUCUGUUUUCUUUCAAUUAAUAUUAAAAACACAUCAAAUUUUCAAAAGUGUCCAAAGAAAUUUCUUCUGAAAAUUAUGUUCUCUAGUUUAGGAUAGGUUAGCUAGAGGUCGAUCCUAACAAGGAUCUCUCUUGGACAGUUAGAACGCCGGUCCGUUGUGGUACCUACUGUAUAAUGAUCAAUUAUAUAUCGACAAAGCGCUUUGAACCUUUUUCUCAAGAAAAUCACACAAAACCAUGAAAAUCGUGUACAAAUACUUCUAAAAAAUUCAUACCAUAAAAAGUUGUUUCGUCAUUGUGGAUUAGAAAUUUUGUUCGUAAGAGAAAUCACGCUUCGAGUAACACAACCUUAUAUAAUUGAAUCAAGAUACCGAUUAGACCGCCCUCCUAUAAUACAGAGUAACUUCAUAUCCGCUCUUACUACAUACACUCAAACAGUUCUAGUUUGAAAAAUGUCUUGUAUAUUGAAUAGGGAUAUUUCCACUUUAUUCACUUUGAUUUUGUAUACAAUAUAGCUGGCCUUAUUAAGGACCUGCGGCUUAUGUAACCUAAUUAUAGCCCUUCUUCCUCGGUAAUCUCUUCUCUCCUCCUCAAAAGCUCAUUUAAACAUUCAUUGAGCUUUUGAAUGGAGAACUCUAUAGCAAACGCAAGGCAUUUUUUAAAAAUGAAAAAAUUCAAGCGAGAGAAAAAGAAGAGCAGCAAACAGAUAAACGAGACCACAAAUAUACUAUAUCUGGAUUAGCGCGUAUUUAUGUGUGAGUGAGAGGACCUAGAUAAGCAAAUACAUAAAUAAGGCAGAAUAAUUUGGCCAACGCUUGCUAGCUCUAGCUCUCGAUUCGUCCGCAAGUUGAGAACGCCCUAUUGCCUCAGUGCGUUGAAUCCAAGUUGUCUCACAUGAACUCCAAGCUGACUGUCUGCGAGCUUCUGAAAAUUCUUCUAAUUUAACGUAAUUUCUCUUCUUACUGACUGAUGCUAUAGAUUCGAAUAAGACUCAAAAUAAAAAAACGUUAAUAACCAAUAAUCUGGUAAACGUGAAUGGCUUUGACGAAUGGCCAUUUCAAUCAUGCUUUCAUGAUGUAUUUAUUCUUCGUUGCGAAGUUCUCUAAAAACUACAAUACUUGAAGGUCUAUAUUUAUUGAUCUUGCAUUUGGAGGGAUAUCUAUUUCAGCUGUGUGGCUACAUUGUAAAAACAAUAUAGGUGUACUUCUAUAAAUUGGGCCCUCAUAAUUUACUAAAUAAAUAUUUUAAAUGACGUUCUCAGAACUCAAGUUUCAAGGUUUCUUAAAAGUCGAAGACUAUUUUGUUUUGAUUUCAAUAAAUAACAUAUAUGAAUAAGCGAUAAAAAUAUUAAAAAUAAAUAUUGAGUUAAGUAUAAAUAAUAAAAAUAUAAAUACCGACUAAAAAUAGAUUUUCCAUUUGCUUCAGUAGUUAAGUAAAUGAAAAUAAAAAUUAUACUAAGAAAAGUUAAAUCAAAAUUUAAAAUAUUAUAUAUUCUUUUAUUUAAUGAAAACAAUUAUAUGUAUACAGAUAUUGAUAUAAUUUGUGAAGAACAGUAAAAAUUCAGUUAUUUAAACUGUAAACUAAAGCAAAAGCUAAAUAAAAUUUGAAUUUAUUCAAUUCUAAAUGUGAUAUAGGUCGGUUUUCUCAAAUGCUAUAUUACAUAAUAAUAAAUUAUAUUGAUGUUAUAAGUGUUGUUCAUUUCAAAUAUAUAGUAUUUCUUGUAAAAUUGUAUAAUGUUGGAAAUAUUUUACAAUUAUUGUAAUAAGAAAUAUUUUACCUAUACCAUACAUGGUAAUUAAUACCAUAGCAAUUAAAAUGUUAUUUAGACAUUAACUAACAUAAUUAUUAAAAGGUAUCAAUUUAUAAUGUAUACUACAAAACUUGUAAAUAAAGAAAUGCUAUAAUAAACAAAUUUUAGGCUUCAGAAUUUUUACUUAAACUCCAACUAGACAGCUCCAAGUAUAAAUCUAUUUAUUAUACAUAUAGUACAUACUACAUAUAUGAAACUUUUAGGCUAACAUGACUGUUGUAUCACACUACGCAUCACAAAAUAUUAAUGACAUACAACAUUGAAAAAUGUAUUAAAAUAACAUUAAAAGAGUAAUAAAAAAUGUGAUUUGAAGUAUAAACUGAUUUUUUCACUAAAUUGUAGCUUCUAAAUAAAGGCUGGUUUUUUCUGCUUCUCCUAAAUUGUAAACUUUCUUAUUUCUUCACAAAGCAGGAAGUAACCGAGAAAUGUUUCGGAGUGAAGAAGCAGUCAUUGUGACUAGGAAUGCUAUAACUCCGAGAUGCUCAAAAGAGAAGAGAUGCACGAAAAAUACGUGACGUGAUUCUUAUGAAGUAAGUACGGUAUAUAAUGUUUAGCACCCAGCAAGUUCUUGGAGUUUUUCAGGGUGCUGGGAAUUUGGGAAUGCAUGUGAUGGAGGAGAGGGACCUAGACCCUAGGU